AUGUCACAGCGCUGCUGCAGACCGCUGCGCGUCGCUGUGUCGACGACGCGCUCGGCCAUCCGGUCUCGGUCAUAUGCAACCCAGGCGACACAGCCGGCGACGCGGAAGCUGAACGUGCCCAUUGAUUUCGGCAAGACGCCCCUUCUCCAUCACUCCUCGAAGACGUUUGCACAGACGUCUGGGCUGCCGCAAGGCGGCUCGUCGACACGGUUGAAUCUCUGCCAGGCCGUCAACGAGGGGCUGCGGACUGCUCUGCGCGAAGACAACAAGGUCCUCUGCUUCGGCGAGGACGUCGCGUUUGGUGGCGUCUUUCGCUGCACGUUGAACCUGCAAUCCGAGUUUGGGCCCGACCGCGUCUUCAACACCCCCAUUACCGAGCAGGGCAUUGUCGGUGCGGCGAUUGGCAUGGCUGCUGAGGGCGCGAAACCCGUGGUCGAGAUCCAGUUUGCCGACUAUGUGUUCCCGGCCUUUGAUCAAAUCGUGAACGAGGCCUCCAAGUUUCGGUAUCGCGAGGGCGCGACAGGUGCCAACCUGGCUGGCAUGGUGAUCAGAAUGCCUUGUGGCGGCGUGGGACACGGUGCCUUAUAUCACACACAAUCACCAGAGUCGCUUUUCUGCCACGUGCCGGGCUUCAAAGUGGUCGUGCCGCGGUCCCCGACGCAGGCGAAGGGGCUCCUUCUCGCGUCGAUCCUCGAGUCGAAAGACCCCGUGAUCUUCAUGGAACCCAAGAUCCUGUACCGCGCCGCGGUCGAAGAGGUCCCGGACGAACUGUACACGCUCCCGCUGAGCAAAGCCGAGGUCGUCAAGCCCGGCGCCGAUCUCACGAUUAUCUCCUACGGCCGCCCGUUGUACAACUGUCUCGCGGCCAUCGAGGCCGCGGAGAAGGCCUCCCCGGGCAUCAGCGUCGAGCUGAUCGAUCUGCGGACGAUCUACCCGUGGGACCGGCAGACGAUUCUGGAGAGUGUGCGGAAGACCGGGCGCGCCAUCGUCGUCCACGAGAGCAUGGUCAACUACGGCGUGGGAUCGGAAAUUGCGGCAACGAUCCAGGAACAGGCGCUCUUGUCUCUCGAGGCGCCGGUGAAGCGGCUUGGUGGUUGGACGACGCAUACCGGAUUGGCAUGGGAGAAGUUCAUUUUCCCGGAUGUCACGAGGAUAUACGAUGCAAUUCUGGAAGUGUUGGAGUAUUGA